AUGUAUCAAGAUGAUGAUGCCGAUACUGCCUAUACGAUGGACAGUACCGAGUGGAUGCCAAUGAUUACAUCAGUGCUGAUGCCAUUCAGCAGUGCUAGUAGUUCUUGUGGAAUUGCGUCCGAUACUCGACCGCAUCAUCAUUCUUGUCUUCCUCGUAAUUUUCUUGUAAAUUAUUUCUAUCAAGAAGGCUUUCGGGAUUUAAAAUGUCAUGAAAGGAAUAUGGUUCCUUUUAUUAAACAUUUACUCGUGCUUUUUACAAUAUUGUGUUUAGUGGCCUUUCAUCACACACCUAUCAUGGAAGGAGUCACUGCUCAACUCUAUGCAAAUAGCAUCAUGUUUUCCAAAGUGGUGCAUCCAAAAUUCUCACUAGAAAAAGAACAAUUAAUGAUCAUUGUUGGAGAAGUGACAGACACCACUGUGAGGAUUGUCUAUGAAUGGGCUCCGUUAUAUUCUUUGAAAGAUGUUUCACCGGAUUUAAAUGACUUGAAUCUUUAUUUAGAUGUAAAGAAAAGAAUUGACAACAUACUAGGUUCAAACAAUGUUAAAAUGUACAAAAACACAAAGGAUGAUUUUGAAUUUAUUUAUUUAAUGAUGACAGAGCAAGAAAGAUUGGAAUGGACUAAAAAGCAUACGAGCCAAUGGAAAAUUGUUUUGAGAAAGACAGAAACAAGAACUGUUGUCAAUGGAAAGGAUAUCAUUGGACAAGUGGUAGAAAUUAGAGACAGAGAAGGACCAAAAGUGUUGCAAUUUGAUUCUCUCACGCCCAAUACUUGCUAUACUGUAGAAUUUGUACGAUUGGAUGGAAACACUGAAGACAAUGAAGAGUAUGCUACCUUUUGCACAGUGUCUACAGAUCCAUUUUCUCUCACUUCAAAUGUCAGAAUUAGUGCAAUGAGUUGUAAUCGAUUAUUUGAAGACCAAGACACCACAACCUAUGAUGAAUUUUUCAUUGAGCAUCAAGAUAGCUUGUGGGAUUUUGUUGUUCACAUGGGAGAUCAAGUGUAUGCAGAUUGGGUUUAUCAUGAAUAUUUGAAAAAGAUUAAUCCACAAGCUUCUUUUGAUGACUUGCUAAAUGCAUUUAGAUAUGUGUAUAGAAAUACUUGGAAAAUUCAUGCUGUUCAACGAAUGUUAAGACAUGGAUCUCAUUUAAUGAUUCCUGAUGACCAUGAUAUCAUUAACAACUUGGAUUCCUGGAUGCUUUCCAAGGAAUCUGAUGACGCAAUGAAAAGAAUGAUUUUUGCAGGAAAGGAAGCAUUUUAUGAAUAUCAAUAUCAGCUCGUAAAGGAUGUAUUAAUUGGUUCUAAAAAACAAGAACUUGUGAGCAAUAGCUCAGUCUACUACUUUAGAGACCUUGGAUUUGCAUGUCUUGCUUUACUAGAUCUGAGAUUUGAAAGGACAUUUAAUAAUGACCCAGAAAGUCCUCUGUUUGGAACCAAACAAUUGAAUGAUUUGAAACAAUUUCUCAGUCGAUGCAUGAACAAUGAGAAUAGAUCAAUCAAAAUCAAGAGAGCUCUCAUUUUCACCUCUAUUCCCCUUCUUUUCUUUGGAGAAGGAUUUUCUAAGGUUGUCUAUGCUGCAGAGCGAGAACGAUAUACGACUCAUCAAGAUUUCAAACAAGAUGUUACUCAAUUUCUUGACUAUUUAGACAGUACUUAUGGAACUUAUCGAAUUGUGUUUGUUGCAGGGGAUAUACAUCAGUUUUUAAUGUCACACAUUUGUAAAUCUCAAGAACAUUGCUUUGAACAAAUGAUUACGAGUGGAAUGACUAUUCAGUCCACUGUAGGAGCAGAGAUCAAAAUAAUUUUUGCCAAUCUCAUAGAUAGAUUCUUCUUUUCCGCUCCAUCUUUAGGGGAUUGGCAUUUGGCUAGAAAAACCAAUUUGGAAGAUACAUCUACUCUUCAGCACUCCAUUAGAAGAAAUUAUGGAAUUAUAGAAAUGAAGCCAGACGGAAAUGUUGCAUUCAUGAGAGGCGUGCAAUCAAAAUAUGCCAACAGAAGAGAUAUUUAUGUUCAAGAUUACAUGUUCGACCGUGGAUCCAUUUACUUAAUUUUAACACUAUUUUUCCUCUCUGGAAUUGUAUUUCCAAUUUCAAUGACUGUUUUUCUAUUCAGAAUAAUUCAAUUCCUAUUUGAAUGGUGUUGGAAAAAACAGAAAAAGGAAUAA